CUGUCUACGUUGUUAGCGCAUGCGUGAAUUUUAUUACUUAUUUUCCAACGAUAGUAACCGUUUAAACGAGCUAAAACACUCGCUAGAAGCUAAACUUACGGUUUAAUUUGAGUUUUUUUUUAAUUCAGUGCAAAUGGUUGGUUAAUUACUUAAAGAAACACUCAUAGUAAGUUAUUUCUUUAUCCGUUUAGUUUUAAAAUGUCUGUAAGAUAUAAGGUCGCUAAAGUUGGGAAAGUCAACAUUUUAUUGUUGCUUUGGUGAAAUAAACCUGCAGGCGUACUACACCUGGAAGUUAAAAUAAAACUUAGUUCGCAAUCAGAAAAAAACUAACGGCUAAAACUUAACGAGAAUUAGUAGUUUUUGAUUCUAAGCAUCCCUAAUAGUGCUAAAGCAGGUCAACACGAACGCGCAUUUUAUUAAUACGUGCGAGAACGCGCCCCGGCAGUAGCGUGCACGAGGAUAGCUGACAGCAGAGCGGUCCGGUAAAUCACUGCAAUGGAAGAGGAGUAAGGGAGGGUGGAGGACACCGGCUACAGCCCUGCCUCCAGUGUGAGUACACAGCAGAGUAGACACACGGCAGGGAGGCAGAGCACCAUCACAGGGCAACAAAGGGACGCAUGGUUCAUACAAGGUAUCCAAUAAAUAAAAGAUCUGAGACACGUUUCGCCUGGAAGCGUUUGAUUACAUCCGUCUUCACCUCAGAGUGUAAUAGCACAGCACAGACAUGGAGCUGGAACACUUUGAUGAGCGGGACAAGGCUCAACGAUACACCCGAAGGGGCUCGAGAGGGAAUGGGCUCCCCAGUCCCACUCAUAGCGCUCACUGCAGCCUGUACAGAACCAGGACACUGCAAGCACUAAGCUCAGAAAAGAAGGCCAAGAAGAUCCGUUUCUACCGCAAUGGAGACCGAUACUUCAAGGGGAUUGUGUAUGCCAUUUCUCAGGAGAGAUUUAGGUCUCUCGAAGCACUCUUGGCUGACCUUACAAGAUGUCUGUCAGAUAAUGUCAACUUACCCCAGGGAGUACGGACCAUAUACACGAUUGAUGGGUCAACAAGGAUCACCAGCAUGGACCAGCUGGAGGAAGGAGAGAGCUAUGUUUGUGCAUCUAUAGAGCCAUACAAGAAGGUGGACUACACAAAGAAUGUAAAUCCUAACUGGUCAGUUGGUGCUAAGACUGCUGUGUCUGUCCGUGACCCUUCUUCCCUUGGUAGUGCCAAGGCUGGAUCUCCAGAAACCAGGGAGAGCAAGGACUUCAUCAGGCCCAAACUGGUGACGAUUGUCCGCAGUGGAGUAAAACCUCGCAAGGCUGUACGGAUCUUGCUCAACAAGAAGACUGCACACUCGUUUGAACAAGUCAUGACCGACAUCACAGAUGCCAUCAAGUUAGACUCUGGAGUCGUCAAAAGGCUUUAUACCGUUGACGGGAAGGCGGUCACCUCCCUUCAGGACUUUUUUGGGGAAGAUGAUAUAUUCAUUGCUUGUGGCCCCGAAAAGUUCCGCUAUCAAGACGACUUCAACUUGGAUGAAAGUGAAUGCAGGGUAACAAAGUCUGCAUCAUAUGGGCGGCUGCCCUCAGUACAUGGUCGCUCUUCCCCAAGAAGUGGUGGAAUGCCCCGCAGGAGCAAGUCUCCCUCAUCUGCCGGUUCAGCUAAUGGCACUGCAGGCAGUCAGCUGUCCACACCUCGUUCUGGAAAGUCUCCAAGCCCCUCUCCAACCAGUCCAGCUAGCCUCAGAAGACGACAGGGAUCUCAACACAGUGGUUCUUCACUCUCCUUGGCAUCUACCAAAGUAUGCAGCUCAAUGGAUGAAGGAGAUGGGCCGAGCAGCGAAGCUGAGCCAAUGGAUGAGUACUCUUCAGUCCCUGCCUCCAUAGCAGAGAGGUACAAAGUGGGGAGGACUUUAGGGGACGGAAACUUUGCUGUGGUCCGAGAGUGUGUGGAGAGAUCCACUGGAAGGGAGUAUGCGCUCAAGAUCAUCAGCAAAGAUAAGUGCAGGGGAAAGGAGCACAUGAUACAGAGUGAAGUAUCAAUCCUUCGGCGUGUGAAACAUCCCAACAUAGUUCUUUUGAUUGAGGAAAUGGACACCCAAAACGAGCUCUAUCUUGUAAUGGAGUUAGUUAAGGGGGGUGAUCUCUUUGAUGCCAUUACAUCUUCUAACAAAUACACUGAGCGCGAUGCCAGUUCUAUGCUGUUCAACCUGGCAAGUGCUAUCAAGUACCUGCACAGUCUCAAUAUUGUCCACAGGGACAUAAAACCAGAAAAUCUGUUGGUAUACGAGCACAAUGAUGGGAGUAAAUCUCUGAAGUUAGGAGACUUUGGCUUGGCUACUGUUGUCAACGGGCCCCUUUAUACUGUGUGUGGCACACCCACCUAUGUAGCACCAGAGAUUGUUGCUGAAAUGGGAUAUGGACUAAAGGUUGACAUUUGGGCAGCAGGUGUCAUCACUUACAUACUGCUGUGUGGAUUCCCUCCCUUCCAUGGGAGUGGUGAAGAUCAGGAGGCGCUUUUUGAACAGAUUUUGAGGGGCCAGCUUGAAUUUCCUGCACCACACUGGGACAAUGUGUCAGACUCAGCCAAGGCUCUGAUCACUGGGAUGCUGCAGGUAGCAGUGGAUAAGAGAUAUACAGCUGUACAAGUCCUUGAUCACCCGUGGGUCAAUGAUGAUGGUGUGUCAAAGAAAGAACACCAGCUGCCAGUGGCUGGGAAGAUCAGGAAGCACUUUAACACCAGAGUCAAGGUCAACAGCACUACAGCUGGAGUGUCCGUGAUCACAACCACGCCACUUGAUAAAGAGAAGCAAAUUUUCCGACGAAGACGCCACCAGGAUGUAAAGGCCCACCUCCCUCAUGGUAUCCGUGCCAGCCCCUCCCACGGCGCAAACCGUGGCCUUUCCCCUGCUGAGGUCACCUCAGAGUCCGAAGACUAUUCUCCAAGUUCGGCUGACACUGUCCGUUCACCCACUUCUCCAUUCUAAAAGCCUUCCUGGAGUGACAGCGCCAUCCACUCCUCUGUGGAAAAAGAGGCAGAGGGUUUGAUGGGUGUAGUCUGUUGACUUGAGCUUUCAUAGACUGAAUAAUUACCCUUACCUGUUUUAUCCCCCCCCCCUCCAAAGUCAUGUUACCUUUUUUUCAAUUCUUGAAUGCAUUUAAGAGAUAAGUCUAGUCUGGAUCAAACACCCCUUAUAAGCUUACAAUGAUGUCUUAAGAGGCUUAUUGCUUAUUACAGGUUUAUAUUUUUAUGCCCAAGUUCAAAUGGCACAUCUUUGUAUCAUUUAAAAUUCAAAAUAUUCUAAUAAUGCAGCCUCUCAGUUCACCCAGUAAAACCUCUAUUUGUAACAGGCUGUAUUUGCUAAUGUCUCUUCAAGGCCGUCCUCCCAAUGAGCUCACUCUGUCCUAAUUGGCUAACUUCCAGAGGUUGGGUUCCCCUCUGCACAGACUUUAGCUGGCUCUUGGGCUCCAGAGCUAUGAAAACAAACAUCAGUAGUCAGGUUUCAGUAUUUUUCUAUUUCCCCUAAAUGUAAACUUUGCAAAUCUGCAUUUUUGAGCCUAAACAACUCACUGAAGAAUUUUUCCAACAAAGGAAGACGAAUAGACAUCCACUAACAUUGAAUGCUGAUUAUUUUUAUUUUUUAAAAAAGCUUUUUUGUGUUGGCUUCCGUGGUAAUUAUAUUAAUUAUAUAAAUUACAGAAAAUCACAAGAUGCAUGUUGUUUCCCCUUCCCUUCCAAAAAGCCCUAUCAAGCAGCAAGGACUGGUUCAUUGUAGUACUUUGGAGCCCUCUGCUGGUUAAUAUUGUAUCCUACAGGAAGUAAGGCUUUUUGAAACCAACACCUUAGCCUCUAAAUAUUAAAUUACAUUCAGUACAUGAUCGGUACAUAUCUGAUUUCAGCUUGUUAAUAUUAACAGUAUCGGCCAACCUUCUGUACUGUAAGGCAAACAGUAAAUGUGCUGUAGCACUUAAAGUUGUGGUGCAUAAACCAUUGACACAUUAUUUGAAAGGACUUCAGACAUGCUGCCACAUAAGUAUUUCCUGGACCUAACAGAAUGAGGACAAUUCUUGACUUGCCACAUAGUAGUUUCUCAAAGAGAAGAUGGGCCACUGACAUUUAACUGAUGGUUUAGCUUACCUGUGUGCUCGAGGAUGAUUACUGAAAUGGUUCUGUUACACAUCUGUGAGAGUGAUUGUAAUUCACUUGUGGUGCAUAUGAAUGUCAAUGCUGUAGUUGGUAAUAGGUGCAUAUUUUAAGGCCUUGCCUUGACACAUAUAGAUUUAAGUGCAAUUAGGUAUACUGCGCUCUUGGGCAGUAUACCUAUCAAAUGCUGUGUGUCCUUUGUAAUGCUUGCAUAUUUGAGAAUGUGCUGCUGGGAUUAUUGGAAUGUGAAACACUUCCCUAUCACACGAGGGUAACUGGUGCAACAUGGUUGAUUUUCACACACUGAAAUAAGAACCAAGUUAAAUAAUAGUAAAUACAACAGUGCUUCCAGUAAAAUCCAUAAUUUUAAUAUUUCUCUUCAGUAGAUCAUUAAAUUUGUUGAAUGUUUCUUUCAAUGAUCACAUCAAAUAUGACUGAGCAAUUUUAGGUCAGUAGACUUUCUGUGCUUUAUGUCCAAUUACUUCAUGCAUCGGUUCACAGGGGACAAAAUAUUCAUUAUGACUGUCCUCUUUCCUUUUUCAUAAACUGUAAUAUGCAUGUGUGCUGAUAUGCAUCCCAAAUCAGUUGUUCUGGUCUUCUACUGUUUAACAUACGCCUGACAGAUAUAAAACCAUUCCUUUUAUCAUUAUACGUGUUGUCUAGAUGAAUGAACUUUGGUAAAGGCAGACUGUAGUCAUACACAGCUAAGAUUUGUAUAUACUUAGUUUAACAGCAGUGUAACUUCACAAGACUGACUUUGUUGUAAAAAGGGCUUUUAUGUUUUUCGAUUGAAGGGAUCAAACCCAAAAAGCACAAAAGCAAAUUGUGAGUUUUGCGGAAUGUGCUGAAUCUGGAGAAUAAAACAGUUGUGUUGUGUUUACCCAUAUUCCAUAAAUGUAAGGAUGCUGUACAACAAUCUGAAUGAGAACAAAAACAAAAAAAAAGGGAAAAAAUAUUGCCGUGGUUAAAAAGCAAACUUCCAACAAUGUACUCUGCACAGAAACCAAACCUGAGAAUAAAAUGGAUUUAAUUUGUGA